GGUCAACACGGUUUAAGCAUUUUGAAAUGUAAAAUAAUUGCUUAUUAGCUACCUCAAACCGUGUUGACCCCGGCCGGCUAAGUAAUACUGUGCAUCUUGGCCAUCAUCAAUGAUCUCAAUACGCAGAUAUAGAAAAAGAAAGAGUGAGAGACACUACUGGGAGAGCUGAGCUUCAAUUCAUUCUUCAAUUACUUUCCCUUCAUCUCAAUUCUCAAUGGACACCAAAACAACUUCCACAAGUGUUCGUCAGGGUGCUUCUGGCGCAGUGCCCCAACAAGUGUUCAUGGUGGGUAACAACAAUGCAUUGGCAGAAAUUGUGGGCAAGCUCACCAACCCGUCAAUUAAAGAAACAGAAGUCAUCUCCAUCACAGGAAUGGGAGGUAUCGGGAAGACAACUUUAGGAAAAAAAGUAUAUGAAGAUGAACGCAUCAAGCGUCAUUUUGACUUUCAAGCAUGGAUUACUGUGUCUCAAUCUUAUUCCUUGGAUGAUUUGCUCCAAAUGCUCCUCCAAUCAAAUGAAGCUUCUUCUCCAACAGAAGGACAAUCUGCAGGAACCUUCGAACUCAAGGAUAAAGUCCGUAAGUUGUUGCUGGGGAAGAGGUAUCUAAUUGCAAUAGAUGACAUAUGGAGUACACAAGUUUGGGAUGAUUUGCAGAUAUGCUUCCCAAAAAAGAGAAAUGGGAGUCGAGUAUUGUUAACAACUCGACUCACAUAUAUGGCUACUCAUGCUAGUUCUGGUGGUCUCCCAUUUAGCAUGCCUACCCUAAGCGAAGAAGAAAGUUGGGAUCUUUUUUGCAAACAAGUAUUUGCAAAAGAAGAAUCUUGUCCUCCUUCUAAUGAAUUUGAGAAAAUUGGGAGAGAUAUUGUGAUGAAAUGCAAAGGAUUACCACUCUCAAUUAUGGUGAUUGCUGGGAUUCUAUCCAAAGAUGAAAUGAAGGUGGAAGAUUGGGAAAAUGUUGCCAACUCUGAAGCAUUAUCAUCAACUUUAUAUGAGGAGCAAAUUUGUGAGGAAAUACUUUUAUUGAGUUAGAAUCACUUGCCUGAAAAUUUGAAGACUUGCUUCUUAUAUUUUGGAGUAUUUCCAGAAGAUUAUGAGAUUCAAGCUAGAAGAUUAGUUGGACAUUGGGUCGCCUUGGAAUUUGUAGAAGAUGAGGCUUUGGUGGCAAACAAGAAAGAAGAAGUGGCAUGGCAAAAGUUGCAAGAUCUUAUUGAUAGAAAUUUAAUUUUGGUGGAAAAAA